AUGGUGAACCUCACUCGUAUCUUUGGAUGUGCCCUUCUCGUGGGAGUUGCAUUGGGACACCCCGGCGGCCAUGACCGAAGUAAUGCCAUGUCGCAUAACGAUCGUCGUGCAUUCCGCACGAGAGCUCGCCGGAGCCUGGAUGCAUGCUCCGAGAAAUUAGAGCAAGACCGUACCCUGCAUCGCGCAGCUGUGAAGCGCGCAGAUGUCUUUCGGAAGCAUGGCAAACGCGGGCUCUCUCGCCGCGACACCCCUACGGUUCUCGCAACCGACCACUCCGUCGAAGUCGAUGCGUCUGUGCUAGAGAAUCCUCACGAUCUAGAUGUAACGCUCUUCGAGUCCCCGACUGCGUGCAUCGUUUUCCCCGAAGGGGAAAUUGGGCCGUUCUGGGUUAAGGGAGAACACAUCCGCGACGACUUGAUUGAUGACGAGUCUGGUGUCCCGCUCCACCUCCACGCCCAAUUCAUCGACGUGAACACCUGCAAGCCUAUUCCGGACCUUUAUAUGGAUGUGUGGAAUGCCAACUCAACUGGCGUAUACAGUGGUGUACAGUCGCCAAUGAAUGGCAACCCAGCGGACGAUUCAAACCUCGUCAAAGCGGCUCUUCGUGGUAUCCAGAAGACUGAUGAAGACGGUGUCGCCACCUUCAAAACACUGUUCCCUGGUCAUUAUGGCGGACGUUGCGUCCACGUGCACGUCGUGGCUCACUUGAACGCAGAGCUGCUGCCGAACAACACCCUUACUGGGGGAUCUGUCUCGCACAUUGGACAGCUCUUCUUCGAUCAGGCACUCGUUGAUGAGGUGGAAAAGGUGGCUCCUUAUAAGGAUAACACUGCAAUCAUCACUACCAACGAACGAGACCAUGUUGUUAACUACGAGACGGCGGACUCUGAGUCAGAUCCUUUCUUCUAUUACACUUUGCUCGGGGACUCGGUUGAGGAUGGCAUUCUCGCGUGGAUCACCAUCGGAGUUGAUGCCACCCAAGAUUACGAAACUCAGUGCGGGGCUGAGUUGGGUGAGGAUGGAGGCAAGAUGUGCGAGAUAACUGGCAAUUUUGGUAUUCCUGGUGGCUUCCCCGGAGGCCCUGGAGGGUUUCCUGGAGGUCCCGGUGCUCCUGGCGGUCCAGGUGCCACCCCUCCACAGCAGCCGUAG